GCCCGAAACUUCACAAACCAUCCUGAAUGCAUCCACUUGGAUUACAAAUGCAUAUUACACAAAUGCACAAUAGGAAAAUUGGACCUUUCUGGUUGAAUCCAAAUCCAGAGCCCAUCCUCUCCUUUCUAAAGCGGACAUCGGAGACAAAGUGAGCAGACAGACCAUACCUGCUUAGCUCCAUCUAUAGAAUCAUAGAAUCAAAGAGUUGGAAGAGACCUCAUGGGCCAUCCAGUCCAACCCCCUGCCAAGAAGCAGGAAUAUUGCAUUCAAAUCACCCCUGACAGAUGGCCAUCCAGCCUCUGUUUAAAAGUUUCCAAAGAAGGAGCCUCCACCACACUCUGGGGCAGACUCUGCACUCCAUCUCACCUGAAUUAUGCUAUCACAUCCCUUUAGUGGUGUUCCAGGUGGCACAAGGGUGAACCUUAUACAGAUGGAAGGAAAUAUCAUUUCUGCGCUGGAAGAAGGUGCUCAUCCACAGACAAAAUGACAUCUGGCUCGUAGCCUAAUAUACACUGAGGUUUUGUGGUCCCUUUCGAUCUCAUAGGUGUCUUGUUUGAAGACUAUGGGAUGUGGUAUUUCUGCACACAGGAAUUUCAUAUGCAAGUUAGAUAAAGGUCAAGAAUUGCCAGAUGCAUCUCAACCUGACCAUUUACAUUAUUCGAGAGGACUUUCUCCAUCAUUACGCAUUUCUUCUUCUGGACAGUCCUGGUUCACCAACUCCAAUUCCGGUGUCAAGUCGUAUUCCUCUGUCUUUAAAGCAGCCGUCUUGAUCCAAAGGUGGUAUCGACGCUAUAUGGCCCGGCUUGAAAUGCGGCGGCGAUGUACAUGGCGCAUCUUUCAAUCUAUCGAGUAUUCGGGAGAACAGGAUCACCUCAAGCUCAACAGCUUCUUUGACUACCUCAUGAAAAACUUCACACCAAGAAGCAACAGAGACAAGGAAUUCCUGCAUCGAAUAUUAUCAGAACCGGAAAACCUGAAUGAGAGCAGGAUAGAUAGAGCGUUCGCCUACCAAUCCGUCGUCGUACCGGAUAGCUAUAUGGGGCCCCGUCUUUCCUUCCCACUCUUCCCUGAUGAUGCCGCUGCCUUACUGGAAGCGUUCAAACAGAAACAACAGCUUCACGCUCACUAUGUCCUAAGACUCUUCCAUGAAGCCCGGAAGCAUCUCUCCCAGCUGCCAAACAUCAACAACGUCUCUACCUGUUACAGUGAGGAGAUCACUGUCUGUGGAGACUUACAUGGCCAGUUGGCGGAUUUGUUUCUGAUAUUUUACAAGAACGGCCUUCCCUCUCCGCAGAAGGCAUAUGUCUUCAACGGCGACUUUGUGGACAGAGGCAAAUAUUCCAUGGAGAUUCUGAUCAUACUCUUUGUCUUCCUCUUGAUUUAUCCCAAGGAGGUCCAUCUAAAUCGAGGAAACCACGAGGACUAUAUCGUCAACUUACGCUAUGGGCUCAACAAGGAGAUUGCACGCAAAUAUAAGGAGCACAGUGGUAAAAUUCUGAAAGUUCUUCAGAAUGUCUUCAGCUGCCUGCCGCUGGCGACCUUGGUUGACCAGAAGGUCUUGAUUGUACAUGGAGGAAUUUCGGACACAACUGAUCUGGAUCGACUGGCCAAGAUUGACAGGCGUCAGAUCCUGUCUGUAUUGACUCAGAAGAGAAAAUUGACAAGAUCUUUUGAUCCGGGUGACGUGGAAAGUGGCAAAUCUUCCCCUAAGCCCGUUGAUUCACUGCAUAAAGCUGAUAUCAGCAAGAGAGUCCAAGAGGAAUUGGACACGUGCCGUACAAGGGCAGGAAGCUCCGAGUACACAGAAUUAAGGGCUUCUGCCACCUCUUUUCCCUCUGGGUCAGACAUGAGCCUUUCUUCCAACGAAUUAUUAGCAAGCAUUGACGAUGAAGAAAUCCAACAGGUUUUAGACAUUUUGUGGAGUGACCCCAUCCCUCAAGAGGGCUGUAAAGUGAAUGAAGACAGAGGAGGUGGUUGUUACUUUGGCCCCAAUGUGACAGAGGCGUUUCUGCAGAAGCACAACCUACAGUUCAUCAUCCGUUCCCACGAGUGCAAGCCAGAAGGCUAUGACAUCUGCCAUGACCGAAAGGUAAUCACUGUCUUUUCAGCUUCGAACUAUUACACAGUGGGCAGUAACCGGGGAGCCUACGUCAAAAUGGGACGCGAUUUGAUUCCCCACUUCAUCCAAUACCAAGCCAGCAAAACAUCACGUAGACUGACCAUGACUCAAAGGAUCAGCCGAGUGGAAGUGUCAGCAUACCAGGUGUUAAAGGAGAAAAUCUUUGCGCACAGGUCCGACCUCACCACUGCUUUCAGGCGCUAUGAUAAGAAGAACACAGGCCUGAUCACAUUGAACGAAUGGGCAAAUGCUGUAGAGUCUGUCCUUCAGCUGGGGCUGCCGUGGCGGAUGCUGAGGCCGCAGCUGGUGCUGCACCUGACCAAUGGGAAGCUGGAGUACAAGACGUGGCUCAAGGACAUUGUGACAGAGCAGCGGUCAGCAGUCCAGGAGCGGCUACAGUCAAGCUUGCUAGAAAACAUUUACCGAAACCUCUCCAGCCUGGAAACUAUCUUCAAUAUCAUUGACACUGAUCAUUCAGGGCUUAUUUCUCUUGAGGAAUUUCACCAGACCUGGAAGCUGUUCAGUGCCCAUAUGAAUAUUGAUAUCUCAGACGAAAGCAUCAAUGACUUGGCCCGCAGCAUCGACUUCAACAAAGAUGGAAAUAUAGAUUUCAAUGAGUUCAUUGAAGCGUUCCGUCUGGUCAGUCAGUCGACUUGAUGAAGAAAUUGGAAGACCAAGCUGGUGGGGCUUCUAAACCCAAAACAGUAUUCCCAACUUAUCAAUGUGCCUCAGAACCAAACAAAAAGGAUGGGCUACUGAACAUAAAGUUUAGCGUUCUUAAAAGUAACCCACUGUGGCUACAGACAUACUCACAGGAUAAGGAAUAGGACAUGAAAUGGAAAACCUGAUUCCAUAGCAGAGUUGGAUUUGAAUGUUGGAGUUGUUAUUUGAAAGAAUGCAAAGUUUUCAGACUUAUGUUAUAUUUCCAUGGCGAAAAGAAAUCCAGACUUUAAAAAAAUAUAUAAGUUUCUCAUAUUUCAUUAUUGCAGACCAUCUUUUUUCUAAUCUCUACACAAGCUUUCCAAACAUUUCAUGUUGGUGAGACAUGUUUUAGGCCUGCAUCAUUUUGCGACAGUUAUUCAGUUUUAAUAGCGAACGAGAGGUUAAACCAACUCCUUCUAAGAAACACAGGUACAUACAUAAAUUGUAAUAAUGAGAUGGAUGGGGACACAACAUAUCUCAUGAAAACCUUUCAUUUAUAUCUUUUAAAAGAUAUAGCUUUAAGAUAACAUACAUUUCCAAGAUGCUUGUAGUUUGUUAUGUCCGCAUGAAACACUUACACGUUGCAGCCGACACACUAACGUGUUGCGACACAGAGUUUGGAAAACCGAACUAUAGUUUGACCAAGACAACCUUUUAACUUGAAUUGGCAAGUUUACGAUUUUUAAACUUCUGACAAUUUUCAAGGGAAUAGCAAAAAUAAAGGUGCUAAUGCAGCGUUAAUUUAAAAUAUUCUCACUGUAAAGUAUUCAUAACGAAGCACAUUCAAGUUGACAUCUUGUUGAUGAUAUACAUAGACACAACUACUGCAGUAGCUGCUGGACUUUUCCGUCCACUGUAUAAUGCGAGGGUUAUCCAGAAAGUAAGGUUACAAGGCACGUAGCUCUUGUGGGGAAUUUUCAAUGCCGUAUAGCGGGAAACCAGCAGAAUAUUGUGUCCAAUUCUGGGCACCACAAUUGAAGAGAGAUAUUGACAAGCUGGAACAUGUCCAGAGGAGGGUGACUAAAAUGAUCAAGGGUCUGGAGAACAAGCCCUAUGAGGAGCAGCUUAAGGAGCUGGGCAUGUUUAGCCUGAAGAAGAGAAGGCUGAGAGGAGAUAUGAUAGUUAUGUAUAAACAUGUGAGAGGAAGCCACAGGGAGGAAAGAGCAAGCUUGUUGUCUGCUUCCCUGGAGACUAGGACGUGGAACAUUGGCUUCAAACUACAAGAAAGGAGAUUCCAUCUGAACAUGAGGGAGAACUUCCUGACAGUGAGAGCCGUUCAGCAGUGGAACUCUCUGUCCUGGAGUGUGGUGGAGGGUCCUUCUUUGGAAGCUUUUAAACAGAGGCUGUAUGGCCAUCUGUCAGGGGUGCUUUGAAUGCAAUAUUCCUGCUUCUUGGCAGGAGGUUGGAAUGGAUGGCCCAUGAGAUCUCUUCCAAGUCUAUGAUUCUAAGUGAAUGAGCAGUGCCAGUCGUCAGUAGCUCAUCCACUGGUGUUGUUGUGAAGGUUAGAGAUAAGCGACCUCAUUCUGUUUCCCUUCUAUCUCCUCCUUCAUGACAAUGCAUGUCCGCACACCACUCAUGCAACACAAGAGUUGUAGACUUCAUUUGGUUGGGAUGCUUUAAACCACCCCUCUCACAGCCCUAAUCUUGCACCCAGUGACUACCACUAGUUCAUUUAAUCAUAGAGUUGGAAGAGAUCUCAUGGGCCAUCCAGUCCAACCCCCUGCCAAGAAGCAGGAAAAUUGCAUUCAAAGCACCCCUGUUCACUAAAUUGAAGGAACAUUUGGGUGGAGAAUACUUUUCUGAUGACAAGAAGGUGAAAAUCAAAGUGACGAACUGGUUGAAAAAGGUGGAGGGAAACUUCUAUGAUACAGGCAUCAAAAACUCAUCCCACAGAGGACAAAAUGUAUUGAACUGAAUGAUGAUUAUGUGGAAAAAUAAUGUAAUCCGUAUGCUACAAUCCGUGUAAGAUUUAUUAAAAUAUAUUCAUCCUUUGUAUUUAAAAAAAUACCUUGCAACCUU